UUUUCAUCAAAAUAUAGCUAUUCAUAACUUGAAACUCCUCGAAAGGAUGAAUAAGAAGAGAACGAUGCUUGCAGUGAGUCUACAGAAUAUAGUGAUUAUCGAUUUAUUACUACUCACUGUUUUAUUCAUAAAUAACGACCAUUCCUUUGUCCCUGUGCUGGUGUACGCCACUGGGACAAUCUUUCAAAGCAUAACUUAUUGAUUCACUCAGAAAUGGGUGAUGAGUCAUAAGAAAGUCAAGUAUUACAUAAUUUCGAGAAUUGCUCUUCUAGGGAUACUAUUUUGAAUAUAAAUGCGAUAGCAAUCUGGGAGGCUGAAGAUGAAGUAUAUUACCUGGCAAACUUCAUUGCUGUGUUUAUCAUUUCAAGUAUUUCGGAGUUAAUACCUAAGACUCGCAUGCCUAUUCGUCCUUCUAAAUAAGGAUUCGAUGACGAAGACCCUUCAAAAGGAGGAAGACGAACCUCCCACAAAGCUAGGUAGUAGUAAAGAAGCCUACCAAUUGUUAUCAAAUCCUGAACACUGUGAAGAGUUCCAAGAAAUUAGAACUCUAUUUAUAAUCUCAAGACUUCCCAAGAGGCAGUCUAGUUAUGAGACAGAGAAUCAGGAGGAUAUGGGCUUGUCAAUUCAGGAAAUACUCAACCAAAAGAGUUUCGACAAAUUUAACCAAAACAAUGAAUCCUUCAAGCAUGAAUCAAAAAGAACAAGUGAGUACUCCUCUAUCAGCAAACUCAGGAUGAAAAAGAUAAGAGAAAGCAUAGAAAGCCCUGAUUUUGGCUCAAAAGGUAGUUCCUUCGUUACCCAAAAGAACCUCUCUAAAGCUUUAUCUGUGAGUAGCAGAGAUGAGCUGGAAAAUGCUAAUAUUAUGAAACAGCCAGUACACCUGUUCCAAAAAUAAGAUGACUAAUUUCAGCUUCCAAGAAAGCGAAAACUCUUUCCCAUCUAGCCAUAAUAACUCAGCACAUCGUCGAGAAACUGAAAAUAGCAAGAAAAGUAGCUUUGCUAAGAAAACCCCAGAUUUUUCAAUCUUACAGAGUAAAAAGGUGAAAAGAGAAGGGUCUGCAAGAGGGUCUAAGAAAUAUGCCAACCAGUCGAAGCACCUCAAAAAUCAUCUGAGAUCGAUCGCCAGACUUGUUGGGGCUGAUCAAAAUUUCAUGCAAAUGCAAAUACCAACCAAAAACGACUCAAUGCCAACAAGGAGUGAUUUUAGACAAUCAAAAGGAAAAAUUAGAGGCUCCAUUAGCUCCCAAGGAGCCAGAUCUGCCAUUGAAAUCCAGUCCCUUCCCAGCAUUGAUGAUGAAUCAAGCAGCUCGAAUUCUCAACUGAGUCAGCACGAGCCCCCUUCGAUGAAGAUGAUAGGAGUGCAAGGAAGGGUCACAACUAAAUCUUCUGGCUCAAAAGAAGAAACUAAAUUUAACAUAAAGAUUACUGCUGAAGAAAGGAAGGGUAGCUCUUCAUUUAUAGCCAAACAGCAAAGAGAUACUUUGAUGAUACCCAAACCUCGUGAAAGGAGGAGGCUGUCUGAAAAUCCAAGAAAUAUUAACCUCUUGCAUGACAUCCCUCGCCAGACCAAGCGACUGAGUAGGAAACGCAAGAGCACCAGGUCUGCAAGAUCUGUUGGCAAACAAGUGCUUAGAAAACUUCUAAGCUUAAAAUAG